GGCUGGCAUUGCCACCGAGGGUGGCACCGGGGCUGCUGCCGGCCCUGAGGGGAGCUGCUGUCGCUUGUGUCCCGUCCCUUGUGUCCCUUGUGUCCCGUCCCUUGUUUCUCGUCCUUUGUCCUCUUUUCCCUUGUCCCCACAGUCGCGGCCCCUCACGGCCAUUUCCCGCCCGCCUGAAGGGGAAGCCGCGGGGCCCGGGCGUCCUGGAUGCCUCAGAGCCCUCAGGCUCUGGGGGGAUCAGCAAGGGAUAAAUCCCCUCAGGUAUCGAAUUUAGGCGGGCCCGGCACUCCCCGCCAUUCCCCCGCCGUCUCCAGCCCUUUGAGGCGCUUCCUCCCCCGUGAGAGGAGCGCCCUUGCAGAGGAACCAGCUGCACGUUUUACAGGUUUUUAUGCAAACACUCCCCCCCGCGUGACCGCUCAGCAAACACCUCGUGCUUUUCGUGAGGCAGCCAUGGCGAGCAAAUCGCAAAAAGGAGAUGGAAAUAGAAAUAAAAGCAAAAAGAUGGAGAAUGAAGCUUCAGAAAAUCCUCAGCUGUCUGACAAAACAGAUUUGGCUCCUUCUGAGGACUCGCAGUCCCUUUUCAAGACUGAACCACUGGAAAAGGUUUUAAAUGAGAUCAGCAAAGAAACUAACAACUUGUUAUCAAAAUAUGCUGACACUAUAAGUGCAAGAAUAGCGUUGGAUUCUUCUUAUGUCCAGGAACUUGAUGAGAUCUUAAAAGAAGCCAGGGCCUUAGAAAAGCACUUAAAGCAGAAAAGGGAGAAGUUAAAACAGAGAUUCGCUGUCAUUGCCAAUAGUCUGCAAAGCUAAGUGGAGUUUUGUUACAGAAAUGCAGAGCCAAAGUUGUGUUUGUGUAUGAAAACAAACUGUGAUGAGUUUGGUGAUGUCUGUUUCUUGUAUAAAUAUUUCUGUCAGUUCAGGAAACUUCCAACAAAUUAAGCAGAUACUUAGUGUUUAAAUACAUAGUGCAGUGGUAGUUAAUAAAAACAAUUCUGAUUAUCUGUUUUAAGUCCUGUGACUCAAGGGAUUAAGAGCCAUUAAGCAUAGCAAAAAAACAUUUCUAUGAAACAUAGAAAUUUAUGAUGUAAGUGGAAAAUUACCUCAGAUUAUUUCAUGUUAACCAUUUUCUGGUUGUGUUUUGUUUUUUUCCCUUUCUACUUUAAAAAACGUUUUUGUGCUAAAUCUUAGUAGAAUAUACUUGCAAUGUUAUUUCCAUUUUGCCUCAGAAUGCAAACAGGCUGAAAAGAUCAGCUUAGAAAUAAGAGAGUUCUAUAAAGAAUUUCGAGAAAGUAUAAAGUCUUAAUUUCAAAUGCAUUGUAAUACUGGUAAUAUGUGUUACAUCUCAAGGCCAUGUUGAUAUAAAACAUAAUCAAAGCUUUGCUGUUGAUGUCAAUAAGUAAAUAGAUAAUGUUAACACGAUCUAGAAUUACAGUGUUAUUUUGUUAUUUGGCUACAUGAGCGUUGUUUAUUGAUACUCAGUUUUUCUGAAAACACUGAGCUCUUUUUCUUUCUUGUCAUUUUACUCUGUUAGGAAAAAAAGAAAAAAAAAGGUGUAACAUGGAAUGUACAAAGGAUCGCUUGUACAAAGUGUGGGGCUUAUGUAAUAAAGAGAAGUACUGGAACAAGAUACAGUUCCAUCUCUA